CAGGGGAGAUGCGGGGCCUGUCCGGCGGGGUGGCGGUGGUGCUGCUGGCGCUCGGCAGUUGGCUGCAGCUGCGGGCGAAGGGCGCCGUGCCUCUGGCUGACUUCUACCCCUUCGGGCCGGCGCAGGGGGACGCGGCCACCCAGCUGCAGGACGACGGCGGCUCUGGGCUCCGUCCCGUCGCCGUGAAGUUCCCUUUCUUCGGCGCGACUCACACGGCGCUCUACGUAAACAACAAUGGAAUCAUCUCCUUUCUGAGAGAGGUGUCCCAAUUUACACCAGUAGCUUUUCCCAUCUCAAAUGACCGGCGUGUAGUUGCAGCUUUCUGGGCUGAUGUAGAUAAUCGGCGUGCAGGAAAAGUAUACUACCGGGAAACCAGGGACCAAGCCAUCUUGGAGAAAGCCACUAAGGACAUCUGGCAAUAUUUCCCAGAAUUUCCAGAGUUCUCUGCCCAGUGGGUAUUUAUAGCCACUUGGUAUCAGGUCACCUUCUUUGGAGGAAAUUCACAUUCCCCGGUAAAUACUUUCCAAAUAGUCCUCAUUACUGAUGGGAUGCUGUCCUUCACUAUCUUCAACUAUGAGUCAGUUACCUGGACCACUGGCAUGCAUGCCAGCAGCGGGGGAAAUUCAGCAGGCCUGGGAGGCAUUGCGGCCCAGGCAGGUUUCAAUGCCGGUGAUGGAAAACGGUAUUUUAACAUCCCCGGAUCCCGCACUGAUGACAUUGUUGACGUGGAGAUGACGACAAAUGUGGGUAUCCCCGGGCGCUGGGUGUUCAGAAUCGAUGAUGCCCAGGUGCAAGUGGGGGGCUGCAACAACACAACUUCUGUGUGUCUGACACUCCGUCCUUGUCAGAAUGGAGGAAAGUGUAUUGAGGACUGCGUCACAGGGAAUCCCUCCUAUUCCUGUUCUUGUCUGGCUGGUUUCACUGGAAAGCGAUGCCAUAUUGAUGUGGAUGAGUGUGCUUCUAAUCCAUGUCGGAACGAAGGCUCCUGUAUCGAUGGCAUCAGCAGCUUCAGGUGUUUGUGUCCACAAGGAUUCAAAGGGGCCACAUGUGAAAUUGAGGAAUCUCCAUGUGAAGCCAAAGAAUGCCUGAAUGGUGGGGAAUGCCAGGCAGCAAACAGAACAGCUAUGUGCCUGUGCCAGCCAGGCUAUACUGGAGAAGCUUGUGAGACAGAGAUAAAUGAAUGCGAGUUCAACCCAUGCCUGAAUGGUGGGCAAUGUAUGGACCUGGUGGACAAUUACACCUGUUUGUGUGUGGCGCCAUUCACAGGACAACGCUGUGAAACAGAUCGUUCAGCCUGUGAGGGCGGGAACUGCUGGAAUCGGCAGACAUGCAACUACAUCCUUCCAGGGCGCUACAUCUGCACAUGCUCUCCAGGCUACUAUGGGAACAACUGUCAGUUUGGUGGGCCCCGAAUGCCCAGUGCAUGUGUCUCCAAUCCAUGCCAGAAUGAGGGUACUUGUCUUGAAACCAGUCAAGGCUAUGUGUGUGACUGUCUUGAGGGAUAUUCAGGUCCUGAUUGCAGAGACAAGCUUUCAGAGGACUGCGAGUGUCGGAAUGGGGGGAAAUGCCUAGAUGGAAACAGCACUGUAUGCCAGUGCCCACUAGGAUAUUUUGGUCUUCUCUGUGAAUUGGAAGUGACUGCUACACCUUGCAGUAUGAACACCCAGUGCCCAGAUGGAGGUUAUUGUAUGGAGUAUGGAGGUAGUUACCUGUGUGUAUGCCAUACAGAUUAUGGCACUAACCACACUGUGCCACCAUCCCCCUGUGACUCAGAUCCUUGCCUGAAUGGUGGAUCAUGUGAAGCUCAGGAUGACUCCUACAUCUGUGAAUGCACCCGAGGGUUCAUUGGCAGACACUGUGAGAAAGCAAGGCCAAAGCUUUGCAGUUCUGGACCAUGCCGCAAUGGAGGGACAUGUAAGGAAUCAGAUGGUGAAUACCACUGCACCUGCCCGUACCGCUUCACGGGAAAGCACUGUGAGAUAGGUAAACCUGAUCCCUGUGCUUCUGGCCCUUGUCAGAAUGGGGGCACUUGCUUCCACUAUAUUGGCAAGUACAAAUGUGACUGCCUCCCUGGAUAUUCAGGACGACACUGCGAAAUAACCCCUUCUCCUUGCCUCUUGAAUCCAUGUGAACAUGGAGCCACUUGUAAGGAUCUUGGCAACAGCUAUAUCUGCUCAUGCCCAGCUGGUUACACAGGAAGACACUGUCAGGCAGAGGUAGACUGUGGUAUCCCCAAUCAGAUAAAGCAUGCCCAGGUGUCAUUUAACUCUACAAAAAUGGGAUCUCUGGCAGAGUACCAGUGUGAUCUGGGGUACAUGCUGAGUUCCCACAGCAACCCCAGGAUUUGCAGAGCACAAGGCGCCUGGAGUGAUCCUCCAGAGUGUAAUGAAAUUGAUGAAUGCAGAUCUCAGCCAUGCCUGAAUGGGGGCUCUUGUAAAGAUCGAAUCGCUGCUUUCCUGUGCUUAUGCAAAGCUGGCUACACAGGACACCACUGUGAGUUGGAGAUUGAUGAGUGUCAGUCAGACCCAUGCAAAAACAGUGGAAUUUGUAAAGAUAUGCCAGGAUCAUUUAUCUGUCGUUGUCCUGAAGGCUUCAUUGGAACCCAGUGUGAAACGGAAGUGGAUGCCUGUGAAUCAAACCCUUGUCGGAAUGGAGGAGAAUGUGAAAAUUACAGUGGUUCCUACCUGUGUGUCUGCCCAGAGGGCUUCUUUGGCUACCAUUGUGAAAUAGCUAGUGACCCUUGUUUCUCCAACCCAUGUGGGAGCAGAGGCUACUGUCUUCCCAGCAACGGAUCUCAUAACUGCACCUGCAAAGCGGGCUACACUGGCAAGAACUGUGAGAAAGAGCUGCUGCCACCAACUUCACUAAAGGUGGAAAGAGUGGAGGAGACUGGGCUGUCAAUCUCUUGGCGCCCUCCCAAGGACCAAACCGCCAAGAAUAUGAUUGAUGGCUACGCCGUGACGUACGUAUCCUUCGACGGCUCUUACCGCAGGACUGAUUAUGUGGACCGAAGUCGUGCUGCCCACCAAUUGCGGGCACUAGCCUCCGGCAAAGUCUACAAUAUUUCUGUCUUUUCAGUCAAACGCAACUUGAACAACAAGAAUGAUAUCAGCAAGCCUGUCAUGCUCGUCACUCGUACUAGGCCUCGCACGGUGGAGGGAUUUGAGGUUGCCAAUGUGACUGCCACAACCAUUACUGUGCAAUGGGCUCUCCACAGGCUCAAACAUUCUACAGUGAGCAGGGUGCGUUUGUCCAUACGCCAGCCAGAAGAUGCAGAGGAUCAUGCUGCAGAAGUAAAUAAUACUGUGACCAAGUACACAUUUUGGGACCUUCAGCCAGGGCAGAAGUAUGUUAUCCAUGUUUGGACCUUGAGUGGCCUGAGUCCUGAAGACCAUCCUGCUGAGAGCUUUACUACAGCACCCAUCUACAUAUGGACUCGACCUCUUCCUCCUAGGAACCUGACUGCAUCUAGAAUCACUGCAACAUCUGUCCAUAUGACAUGGGAACAGCCCCUGGUUGGUUCAGGAGAAGGGUAUAUAAUCAAUGAAACCACCAGUCAAAGUGUGAAGAGCCGCUAUGUACCUAAUGGAAAGCUGACCUCCUACACUGUGCGUGAUCUGAAACCAGGGCAAAGAUAUCGCUUAUCUGUGACGGCUGUUCAGAACACGGAUCAAGGUCAAGUGACUAGUGAACCUGCCCAUCUCUACAUUACAGCCUUGCAGAAGGAUGGUACUCCAGAAAGGCACUGGAGCCAAACAGGACAUCCUCGAGUGCUAAGAAAUCGGGUCCCCCCAGCAUACUUGCCAGACCUGCGCCUGCUCGCAGAUCAUAAUAUCCCAGAGGAACCUUCACAAGCACCUAGGUUUACAGAGUUGGUGGAUGGCAGGGGAAGGAUCACCACUAAAUUUAGCAGCUCACCAAGUAGACAUGUCACUGUGAGAACACAACCUGAUGCUCCAAAGAAAGUGGAAGAAAACACUGAGGAAUCCAUGAAUCAAGCCAGCCUGGCACUGCAGCUAUCAGAACCUGAGAACAGCAAAAAAGAAAAUGACAAGCAGAACUGUUCCAUAAACUUUUGCAAGAAUGGGGGGACCUGUGUCACUAGCUCAGAGUCCUACCACUGUGAUUGUAAUCCUGGAUACAAAGGCAGACACUGUGAACUAGCCUGCAAGAAGGUGCCUCACUCUUGUACUCGGCUCUAUUCAGAAACCAAGUCCUUUCCAGUCUGGGAAGGUGGCAUCUGCCAUUACUUAUACAAGCGGGUCUACAAAGUCCACCAGGAUGUCUGCUACAAGGAGAGCUGUGAGAGUACUGUUCCAAAUAAAGCAGUCAGCAGAAAACAAAGUAACAGACACUGAAGAAACCAUAUAGAUCCAAAACCAUCAGUAUUUCUGCUCACUGGAUGCAAAAAAAAAGGGGGGGGCGACCCCUCUUGCCAAAGCGAUGGCCCGUUCUUCCUUUGUCUGAUUCAGGUGUUCACCAAAUAGCCAUAUUCCCAACUCUGGCAGAUUAUAAAAGCAUUCUUGCCUUUUCAGAUGCCUUUUCUUCAUAGCGCCUGAAUUUUUCUACAGAUGAUUGGCAUGUUAGAAAAACCUCUCAAGACUUUCAUGGGCCAUUUGCAGCAAAGGUAGGGCUGAGCCUAUAAACAUUCACCAGUGGUGGAUAUAACUGAUUAUAAGAGGCUAAGAGGCAGUCUUAGAAGAGACACUAGUUGUGAACUGUGUGGUGUUCUGAGUUAUGAACCAAAUAAGAAUCUCAGUGCCAUAAAAUGAUGUUCAAAGCAUACAAGUGUAAAACAUUUCCAGACAAAAUGGCUUUUAAAGCUAUCUAGGACUCCUCCCCCCCAUGCGCCCCUCCCCAUCUAAGGGUUCAGUGUUGGUUUUUUGUUCACUAUUGUCAAUAAUUGUGUUUUUUAAUUGAAGACCAGCUCCCUCCAGUGCCUGUUUCAGCCAAACUAUUAGUAUUUCAAAGGUUAGAUAUGUGAUGCCACCUGAGAAAAGGUAAUUUUACAGAAAUGUAUUUCUUUCUGUAUCCCCCUGCUUACUUGGAGCAAGUGUUUUAUGUUUGCUACAAUACGUAAGCUUGACCAGCCAUGCUAGGGGGACUGUUUUUUAAGCUUUUGGGAGUUUAUAUGACCAAUUAAAUAUAAGAUUGUGUUAAUUAACAUAUAUUGUAUAUUUUAUAAAUUAAUAAAACAGAUAGUUAGUUUUAAACUAUUAUUCCAUGCACAGAAUUUAAAACCAUCUUUAACAGGUCAUUGGGGGGGGGGGUUGUGUGUGUUUUUAAAGAAGCAGCCCAGUAAGGUGUAUUAAUUUUUGUAAGCAGAGUCCUUUUCCCUGGAACUCUAAAUCCUGGCAGCCUGAGAGUUGUAAAUAUAAUUUCUUCAGUAGAGAAGAUCAUGCUGCAAGUGAAAUGCUAGUCUCAGCAGGAAAAGCAGCACAAAACAAAGUAUUUCUAUAAUUCUUACUAUUAAAGGCCAUCAAAAAUGUUUAGGCCUAUUUCUUUGUGCUAAUUAAAGUUAUUACAAUUGAAAGUAGGAUGUGACAGCUACUGGACUCAUAUUUCUGAGGCAGCACACUAUUUUUCACUGUAGUCAGCCUAAGCCUGAGCUACUUGCAAAAAAAUGAGAGUAAAACACAAUGCUGAAGAGAGGGACAGACUAAAUACAGGGCCUCUCUGUCAGUUACUACUUAUGGCAUUUAACAGGACACUGUCAUUUGGUGUUUUAUGUUUGGAUUUCUCGGGUUGGGGGUGUGGUUUCUUAAACUAGAAAAGGAAAUAAAUGGCUUAUCAUUCAAACUGGAUUAGGGGUAUACCACACAUAUAACAACUGAUAACCAUGGAUUUCAUUAGACAGUUUAAAACAAGUACAUUUUAAAUCUACUUCUGGCAUUUAAAAUUAUUUCUCUUAUGAGUCAUAUAUUUCCUAAAGCUAUGUUGUCAAUAAGAAUAGAAGCCAGGUAUCAGAAGAAAGUUUAGUGUUUCAUAUCCUGUUAACAGGAAGGGCUGAUAAGCACGUAAAUCCAACUGGUCCAGUUUUAUUGGUUUUGGGGUCUAAUUAAGAUCACCUAUUAUACAUGCAGCAUCCACACUACAAAGAGGGUAGAAGUGAGUGGUAACCUCACAGUAAAAAUGUUUCUGUAAGCACAGUGAGCUUUUUGAAAGCAGAUGCAACUGACUGAGACAGUGAGAAGUUUUAAUUGUUUGUCACACAGUGACACUGGAUUUUCCCUAGCCACAGUCUAAGCUAGAACAGUCUGUAUCAAGCCAGUAUUCUAUAGGCAGAUUGAGGCAUAUGUAAUGCAGCAAUAAACUUUUUAAAAAUUUUAUUCUGUGAAAGUUGUUUAUUUUAAAUAAAUUGUAUUUUAAUCUAAAA